CACCACACCCAACACCGCGCCCCUACGUCACAUCCGGCUCGUGCGAGUCGGCCCUUCUUUCCCGUGGCGCCACCAUAUGGCGGCGUCCGCCCCGCCUGGCCUGUCUCGGCACCGUCCUCACAUUUCAGGCAAUUAAAGUGAAAAAAGGGGAGGCGAGUCAUGGCUGACAAGCUCACCAGAAUUGCCAUUGUCAGCAGUGACAAAUGCAAGCCCAAGAAAUGCAGACAAGAGUGCAAGAAAACAUGUCCCGUUGUAAGAAUGGGCAAACUCUGCAUCGAGGUGGUUGCCCAGUCUAAGAUUGCGUGGAUUUCUGAAGAGCUUUGCAUCGGUUGUGGCAUCUGUGUUAAGAAAUGCCCAUUCGAUGCCAUCUCCAUCAUCAACCUUCCCAGCAAUCUUGAAAAGGACACCACACACAGAUACAGUGCAAAUUCAUUUAAGUUGCACAGACUGCCUAUCCCUCGACCUGGAGAAGUUCUGGGUUUAGUAGGCACCAAUGGAAUUGGGAAGUCAACUGCAUUGAAAAUACUGGCUGGGAAACAGAAACCAAACCUGGGUCGUUUCAAUGACCCUCCUGACUGGCAGGAGAUCUUGACUUACUUCCGUGGUUCAGAGCUACAGAACUACUUCACAAAGAUUCUUGAAGAUGAUCUGAAGGCCAUUAUCAAGCCCCAGUAUGUGGAUCAGAUCCCCAAGGCCGUCAAGGGAACAGUUGGUGUAAUCCUCGACAGGAAAGAUGAAACACGAACUCAGGAAGACAUCUGUGACCGUUUGGACUUGAGUCACUUAAAAGAGAGAAACGUCGAAGACCUUUCUGGUGGCGAGCUGCAGAGAUUUGCCUGUGCUGUCGUCUGUAUACAAAAGGCUGACGUGUACAUGUUUGAUGAGCCUUCCAGCUACUUGGAUGUCAAGCAAAGGCUAAAAUGUGCCAUCACCAUCCGCUCGCUGCUUGGUCCUGACAGGUUCAUCAUCGUUGUGGAGCACGACCUGAGUGUGUGCGACUACCUGUCGGACUACAUCUGCUGCCUCUACGGUGUGCCCGGAGCAUAUGGUGUCGUCACUAUGCCCUUCAGCGUAAGAGAAGGCAUCAACAUCUUCCUGGACGGGUAUGUGCCGACGGAGAACUUGCGAUUCCGUGACAUGGCGCUGGUGUUCAAAGUGGCGGAGACGGCGGCAGAGGAUGACAUCAAGAGGAUGUGCUGCUACCAGUACCCUGGCAUGAAGAAAUGCCUCGGAGACUUCGUCAUGGAGAUCCAAGCCGGGGAGUUCACCGACUCAGAAAUCAUGGUCAUGCUCGGGGAGAACGGUACUGGAAAAACGACAUUCAUCAGGAUGCUGGCUGGAAGACUAAAGCCAGAUGAUGGAGGUGAAGUCCCAUUUCUGAAUGUCAGCUACAAACCUCAGAAAAUCAGUCCCAAAGCAACGGGAACUGUGCGACAACUGUUGCAUGAAAAGAUCCGCAAUUCGUACAUGCACCCGCAGUUCUGCACUGAUGUCAUGAAGCCUCUGCAGAUCGAGAGCAUCAUUGACCAGGAGGUGCAGAACCUGUCUGGUGGUGAGCUGCAGCGCGUCGCGCUGGCGCUGUGCCUGGGCAAGCCCGCUGACGUCUACCUCAUAGACGAGCCCUCUGCCUACCUUGACUCGGAGCAGCGUCUUGUGGCAGCCAAGGUUAUCAAGCGAUUCAUCCUGCAUGCCAAGAAGACUGCCUUUGUGGUGGAGCAUGACUUCAUCAUGGCCACCUACCUGGCUGACCGGGUUAUCGUGUUUGAAGGGGUACCCUCGGUGAACACCAUAGCAAACACCCCCCAAAACCUGCUCGCUGGAAUGAACAAAUUUCUGGCAUCAUUGGAGAUCACAUUCAGAAGAGAUCCCAACAACUUCCGUCCAAGGAUCAACAAGCUGAAUUCCAUCAAGGACACUGAGCAGAAAAAGAGUGGCAACUACUUUUUCCUAGAAGACUGAACUGUUGUGCAGUUCUUGCAAUGGGACAACCUUUGAGCAACUCAUUUUAUUCAAGAGAAAUUAUAGAUUGGACUUGUGCAUCUAUUUUGGAAACUAAAGUUGCUUCUUUUAUUUGAAUUUUUAUCAUAUUUUGAUUUAUGUUAAUAAACUGAAAUAAUAAGUUAACUACUGCAAAAAUAUUUGGAAUUAAAUUUAAUUUGAAAAGUCACUUAUGGGUUCGUGUAAGGAUGCUUUAAUUCACAGCUAUUUCACAAUGUUCACAAGUCCAUAGUUGUAUUUCUUUGCCCAUUGCCUAAAUUUACCAAGAUGCCUAUUUAGAUUUAUGUUCAGAACUGUUAAAACAUUACAGCCAACAGUAACUCAAAGGUGCAAUGUAAAGACAGGUAUUGUAACAAGAUCAUUCAACAGAUUUUGGUAGGGGUCUUCUUGUAUGCUUGGAUGACAAAUAAAGGAGCCAAGGGGCAUCAUGAAAGGAA